AUGAACAACAUCUAAGGAUAUUCACUUUCAAAGCCAUCCACAAAAACAUCAUAAGCACCUGGAGGUAAUUCGUCUAUUUCCUUUGUAAAUUUAAAAAAUAAAUUAGGGUUAAUAUGAACCUGUUCCUUAGUUAUAAAAAAGAACUGUAAGAGAUUCUAAUGCAAGUCAUUUUACACUUGGUAGAGAUGACUAAUAAUGGCAAGAAUAAGGUUUUAUUAAUAUUUUGUAAUAUUAUUAUAUAGGUUCACAAACAUCUGUUAAAGUAAAAAAUCCACCAGGAGGAAAAUCUACAAUAUAAUUUGGUUGA